AUGUCUAAUCUCGAGCAUACUAAGAAGGUCUAUACCCUCAACACCGGGGACCAGAUUCCUGCCGUUGGCCUUGGUACCUGGCAGUCCAAGCCAAAUGAGGUCCGGGAGGCCGUUAAGAAUGCUUUGCUGAAGGGUUAUCGCCACAUCGACACAGCCCUUGCUUAUGGUAACGAAGCCGAGGUUGGUGCUGGAAUCAGGGACUCAGGCGUCCCUCGUAGCGAAAUCUGGAUCACCACGAAACUAGACAACACCUGGCACCACCGCGUUCCCGAGGGCAUUGACUCGUCUCUCAGAGACCUUAGUGUAGACUACGUUGAUCUUUAUCUUGUACACUGGCCCAGCUCGACUGACCCCAAUGACAAGUCGAAGCAUCUUCCCUACUGGGAUUUUAUCAAGACCUGGCAAGAAAUGCAGAAGCUGCCUGCCACCGGCAAGGUCAGGAAUAUUGGUGUCUCCAAUUUUGGAAUCAAGAACCUUGAGAAACUUCUCAACGACCCAAGCUGCAAGAUCGUUCCCGCUGUCAACCAGAUCGAGUUGCACCCCAACAACCCUUCCCCCAAGCUGGUUGCUUACAACACCUCGAAAGGUAUCCACUCCACCGGGUACUCCUGCUUGGGUUCCACCAACUCUCCGUUGUAUAAAGACCCCACCCUCUUGCAGCUGGCGGAGAAGAAGGGCAAGACUCCCCAGCAAGUUCUGCUUUUGUGGGGUCUACAGAAAGGAUGGAGUGUCAUCCCCAAGUCUGUCAGCAAGUCUCGCAUUGAUGCAAACUUCGAGCUUGACGGCUGGGAGUUAGCUCCCGACGAGAUCAACCAGCUUGACAACCUGAAGGACCGCUUUAAAGUCUGUGGUGACGGCUGGCUUCCUGUCAAGGUUUUCUUCGGCGAUGAUGAGUAA